UAAAUUGCUUAUAUUUAUAUUUUUGGUUUUCUCCAGUUUCCAAAAAGUUCCCCCAUAACAAGUAACGUAUUGAUUUUAACUAAAUGGAUUUGUAUGACGAUAUUGAUACAAAGCCUCGAUCUAGCCACAUAGAUGGCUGGUCAUCAGGAAUUAAAAUGUUGCAGACACAGCUUGCCGUAAAAAAAGCUCAACCUAUCAAAAAACCUCUAAUGACGCCUGCUGUAAGUCUUAGGGCUAAACGACCAGUUGAAGCAGAAUUAGUGCAUUUUAUGACAAAUGCGUGUGUUAAACCCGUUAUUACGGGCACAGCUUUGGCUUUACCAUUGAUAAAUAAUGCAUCUAAGGACGAUUGGGACUUUGUUGAUGAAUACGAUCCGCAGUGGCCUAAUGAGUAUGAAAAGCUUAAAGAAAAGUCAAAAAGUAUCGAAAAAUCGCGGAGCAGUGCUACAGGAAAUAGAGAAGAUCGUGACAGAGACAGGGAACGAAAGCGAAACCGCAACGGCCGACGGGAUGCACAGAAAGACGAAAGUUCGCCAACAUCCAUGAAAUUAAACGCAUUUGGUCUGAGACAAUCCGAUGAAGAAAGGUACAGUCCCCCUUUGCCAGGUUCUGUAGCUAAACUUGGAGGUGGUGCAGCCAUUGCGCCGCCACCGUCGCUACAAGAAAUAUCUAUUGAAAACGGAGAUGGAUCAUCUAGCGUUACCAUACCAUAUUCAGCUAGUUCUGUUGCUGCAAAGAUUAUGGCUAAAUACGGCUUUAAAGAUGGUCAAGGGCUAGGAAAAUCCGAGCAGGGUAUGUCUAUAGCACUUCAAGUAGAAAAGACUUCAAAACGAGGUGGCAGAAUCAUACACGAAAAAGAUGUAUUCCUGCCUCCAUCAAUAAUGUCACCUCCUGCUACUGUUACUCCGCCCGGUUGGGUUAGUCCCAACCUCCAAAUACCAUUGACGGGUGCGACCAGCAAUGAUACAGAGCCAAGUAUUACUGAAAUCAUGAAGUCACCAAGCAAAGUCGUCCUUCUUCGAAACAUGGUAGGUCCAGGUGACGUAGACGAAGAAUUAGAACCGGAGGUAAAAGACGAGUGCCACACAAAGUACGGGGAAGUAAAUAGCGUUAUAAUACACGAGGCAUUCGGCACAGAGCCAGAGGACGCAGUCAAAAUUUUUGUGGAAUUUAAACGAAUUGAGAGCGCUAUCAAAGCUGUUGUAGAUUUAAAUGGACGAUUUUUUGGGGGCCGUCAAGUCCGAGCAUUGUUUUUUAAUUAUGAUAAAUUUAAAAGUUUUCAAUUAAAUUAAAUAAAAUUUAAUAUUCAUUUUACCAGUUUUUUAAGCUCAAAAAGAUAAUUGUACAACUUGAUUAAAGGCAAAAAUAGGAAAGUCUACUUCUGGCAUAACUUACUUUAUUGUGAUAAAUAAAAGAAGAAAAGUUAACCUCGGGCGGAGUCGAAGAUGAUUUACAUUUCAGUUUAGUGAAAGUUUGUAUUAUUGUUUACCGAGAUGUUUUUACUAGGGACCGUAAAUAAUGAUUAUUGUUCUGACUUUAGUUUUAAAAACCAUAAAAUAAUGAUUAUUCUCUGAGCGAAAGAAUAAAAAUCUGAUCGAAAAACAAA